AUGUCUAAAUUUCACAAUAAAACUAUUGCAAGUGAGUUGCCUAGUCUUCCGCAUACUCCACCAAUACUUGCACUGGCAUCACAUUUAAGCAAUGGCGUCACCCAAGAGACCGAGACCAAUACAGACGAUACUACAUAUGUUGAGUUCCAACUAUCACCACCAAUAAGCACAAACAGUCCUAGAAUAAGUGAGUCUGUACGAGAGCGAGUGUUUUCAAGCUCUAAUAUUAAUCUUAAUGAGAUUGACGAAAUCACGCAACCACAAGAACCAGAAAUCAAAAUUGUAGAAGAAGAGGAGGAUUUCUUUAAUUCAGACUCGACAAACUGGAAGGAAAUGAAAGCAAUUUCGAGCAUGGAUUACUAUAAUGAUAAAGGUGGUUUAGAAUUCACUUCGAAGUCGGGAAAGGAAUUCCUUCAUGGUGAUAAGGAUAUAUUUGGGUAUACUAAAAUUGACACGGAAGAACAAGUCAAUAAAUAUGCCUCGCUAGACAAGAAAACCGACUUUUUAUUCCGAGCCACCCAUUCGCACAGGACCGCUUUGGCCAAGUACGAAGAGGGCGAAGAUGAAAAGACAUAUGACAAUGAUUCAGAAUACGAAGACGAAGAUAAUCUAGAUCUGCAGGAGGCCUUAGACGAUACCAAGAACAUGUUGACUGAUUCACAAAAAUUUGCAUAUAUAGGAAUAACCAAGUUAUUGACAGUAGAUAUGGCUACUGAUUUAGCCAAACUUCAUAUUACUGGUUCUGGAUCCAUAGCCAAGAUACUAAGUGCUGGGCAAAAGAAUUUUUCCAAUUGGACAUUGUAUGUCAUGAGUAAGCUAUAUUCUCAUUUGAAUAUAAGUGACGACGAGCAGAAGAUGAUUGAGAAUUUAAGUAAACACGGAUUGGAAGUUAAUGAUUUGUCCAAUAGUUUACUUGAAGUUGGGAUGAAUGCCAGUGUACAAGCUAAUAAACAGUGCUUGGAGGAAGAUUUCGAUUUAAGAUGGGUUAUUAUUUGUGAUUUGUUCUUGUUGCUUCUUAGUGAUGGAUACUAUGAUGCAAGGUCACGAUCAUUACUAAUUAAAUUCGGUAAAACCAUCGACAUUCCUUAUUUGGAAAUAUACCAAUUUGAAAGACGUCUAAUUGAAUGUUUGGAAAUUGAAACCAAAGAUAGGACAAUUGAGAAUAAGGAAGAAUUACUAAAUGAUCAACUGUUGAUUGAAAAACAAAUCAAAAAGAAUCGAAAUAAACGAUUAGCAUAUAUUGGAUUAGCUACACUUGGUGGAUCAUUGGCCAUUGGGUUAUCAGCUGGGUUAUUGGCUCCUGUUAUAGGUGCAGGUUUGGCAGCCGGGUUGACCACAGUAGGUAUAACAGGUACCAGUGGGUUCCUUGCUGGGAUUGGUGGAAGUGCAAUAAUUACAACCGGUGGUAUUGCCAUUGGUGCAAAGGUGGGUUCUAAAGCAGGUGCUAGAAGAAUCGGGGAUGUUCAUACAUUUGAAUUUAAACCUUUGCAUAAUAAUAAACGAACAAAUUUAAUAAUUACCGUUAGUGGCUGGAUGAAUGGUAAGAUGGAUGAUGUGAGACUUCCAUUUUCUACCGUUGAUCCCGUAAUGGGAGAUAUGUUUUCUUUACUUUGGGAACCAGAAAUGUUGCAAUCUAUGGGACAAACAAUUGGUAUUUUGGCUAGUGAAGCAUUGAGUACUUCAAUUCAACAGAUUUUGGGUGCUACUGUAUUGACUGCAUUGAUGUCAGCAAUUCAAAUUCCUAUGAUCUUAUCUAAGUUGUCUUAUUUAUUAGAUAACCCUUGGAACGUCUCGUUGGAUCGUGCAUGGAAAGCAGGGAAAAUAUUGGCGGAAACACUUAUUGCUGGAAAUGUAGGUGUUAGACCAAUAACCCUAGUUGGGUUCUCCCUUGGUGCUCGUGUGAUUUACUCGUGUUUGAUUGAACUUGCAAGAAGAGGUGGGUAUGGAUUAGUUGAGAAUGUAAUCAUUCUAGGAUCGCCAAUUUCCAUCAAGACUGAUCAAUUAAUCAUGGCAAAAUCGAUAGUGAGUGGAAGAUUCGUUAAUGGAUAUUCCAAAAAGGACUGGAUUCUUGGAUAUCUUUUUAGAGCCACCGGUGGGGGUGUGGGUAAAGUCGCGGGAUUAUCUGCAUUAACACAUGUGUAUGGAGUUGAGAAUAUUGAUUGCACGAGUUUGGUUGAGGGACAUAUGUCUUACAGAAAAGCUAUUCCAAAGAUUUUGAAACUUGUUAAUUGGGAAGUGUUGAGUGAAGAGUUUGCGGAAAUCGAAGAACCUGAUCCAGAGCAAGGGGAACGUCAGCGUCAAUUGAUUCAUGAGUUCGAUGAAGCUAGAGCCAAGAUGGAAAAAGAGAAGCAAGAAGCCGUUGAGCCUAAGGGGUGGAAAAAAUGGUUUAAGCCAAAGAAUAAAGAUUGGUGGGAGAUAUAUGGACAGAAUUCGGCUAACAACAGUAAAGAAGAUGUAAAUAACCUGAAUCCUAAUGAUGAAUACCAAGUUGAGGAAGAUGUUGUGUUCAAUGUUGAUGCAUUGGCUCAGGAAGUAAAUGAGAUAGAAAACUUGGCUCAAAAGGAUAAACAGUCUAUUGAAGAAUUACGCAAAAAUGUUGAAUCAGUGCCGUCUAAAAUCGUCCUUAAUGAAGACAUGGAAUAG